AUGCUUCUUGACGAAGAUCCCGCUGCCCUCAUUGCGCAAUGCACCUCGCACUUCAAAAUUGGUAAUGACAAAACUUCGCUUCACCGCAUCAACGAAUCUCUCAGUACCCUGAGCGAAUUCCGCACACAGCACUUGCGCUCCAUCCAGUCCUCUCUAAGCGCGCUGAACCGCACUCACCAAACACUCUCCGCAAACCACAACCACACACUAUCACAGCACAACCCUACCAACCACGCGGCUGAGAUUUUACGACUCGACACCGAGAAGUUCAAGAUUGCGAAACAAGCCAGCGAUUUGGAAAUCGAGGGCGAGAGACUGCAAAGUGACCUGGCAAGACUAGGAAAUGUAGCCAGCGAGCUAGAAGAGGAGGGUGUCGAAGGGGGUGUCGAUCCCAAGGCAGGCGAAGAUGCUACUGUAUUGAAACUCAAACUCUACCGUACCCUCGGCAUCGACGUCGAGGCUGACCCGACCACCGGCGAGUACAACAAGGCUGUCAUUCGCAAUGCUGCAAAGGGAGACGUACAUGUUGUCAAUAUUGACCCCAAGUUUUCGCGACACUUUUACACAAAUUACUUCUGGCGGACACUUUGA